AUGAGCCAUUUGAAGAGAUACAACCAGGGAGAACAGAGAUAUCCUUCAGGCGUGGCACUCUGGACUGUCUUGAUACCUGUCACCAUCGCCUACUUUCUCUUCUUUCUCGAUACGUGCAUCGUCGCUACCGCGAGUCCAGCCAUCACCGCCGAGUUCAAUUCUCUUGCUGAUCUUGGAUGGUAUGGAGGGGCGUAUCAACUUGGAAAUGCUGCCAUCAGGCCACUGACUGGCAAGUUGUUCUCUCAAUUUAACACGAAGUUCACCUUCCUCACAUUUUUCAUCAUCUUUGAGCUUGGAUCAGUGAUUGCUGGAGCAGCUACGUCUUCGGCUAUGUUCAUCGUCGGCAGAGCCAUCGCGGGUGCGGGUGCGGCAGGUAUCUCGACCGGCGCUCUCGCUAUCCUCGCGAGUGUGUUGCCGCCUCAUAAGCAGGCCAAGGCCUUAGGAAUCAAUAUGGGCAUCGGUCAGUCGGGUAUUGCCUUAGGACCUAUUAUCGGCGGUGCAUUCACCACCUAUGUGUCAUGGCGUUGGUGCUUUUACAUCAAUCUUCCACUUGGUGCCUUGUUUCUGAUACUACUUCUUCUCUCUCGUAUUCCCGAGGUGACUCCUAAGUUACCCCCUCGUCAGAUCAUUGGCACAGCCAUGAAGUCCUUAGAUCUUCCAGGAAUUUUUCUGAUUGCACCUGCAGCCAUAUUGCUCCUAUUAGGCCUGCAGUGGGGUGGCACCAGAUACUCGUGGAGUAGCUCGGUAGUCAUCGGUCUCAUCAUUGGCGGCCUCCUCUUCUUCGUUGCUUUCUUCGUUUGGGAGUACCGACAGAAAGAUGAAGCCAUGAUUCCGAUGGCGCUGCUCAAAAACAGGAUAAUUUGGUCCGCAGCGGCGACCUUGUUCUUCCUCCUGGCCUCUGUCCUCGUAUCCGAGUAUUAUCUCGCCAUGUACUUUCAAACCAUUCACGACAACUCGCCCUUAAUGAGUGGAGUACAUAUCCUGCCCACUACACUGGGUCUGCUUCUUUUCGCCGUUCUUGCUGGAACAAUGAGCGAAAAGUUCGGCUACUAUCUUCCCUGGAUCCUUGUAGGCGCCGCCAUCUCUGCAAUUGGCUAUGGCCUCAUGUCGACGUUCACACCUACGACACCAGUCCCAAGAUGGAUCGGCUACCAGAUUCUCUUCGGUGCCGGCAGCGGUGCGAUGGUAUCGAUCCCUUACAUAGCAGUCCAAAACUGUGUUCCUGCGACCCAGAUACCUAUUGCAAUGACCAUCGUCCUUUUCUGCCAGGACAUUGGUGCUGCCACCUGGCUCGUGGCUGCCAACGCAAUCUUCAAUAACGGACUGCGUCUAGAGCUCCAACAGCGCACUGGUGACCUGGGUAUAGACCCAGAAACCAUUGUUCAAGCGGGCGAACACCGGGUUCGAGAGCUCUUACAAGGUGACGCGUUAGUCGCAGCCCUCGAAUGCUUCAACGGCGCCAUCAGCCAGGUCUUCUACCUCGGCAUCGCACUGGCCUUGGUCACGCUCGCGACGAACGACUUGGACAAUGCCUCCCCAACGCCGUCUUACUCCUCGUCUGAAGCUCUGGUGAAGGAGAAGAGAACUUUGUCUGAUGCAUCAUCUGGGCAGGAGACCGUGAAGGCCAAGGCAUGGCAAUUCACCCGAAUUGCAAUAGAGUUCCGGGUAACGCGCCCGGCCACAGCAUCGUCAGACACUUCGCAAGCAUGA